AUGCCACUCACGCCACAGCAGAUCAUCACGCGUAUCGAAUAUGACCCUAAUGGCCUCGAGCGCAUCGCCUCACGUAAUCUCACAAAAGUCCUCGAAAUCGUCGAGCCAGAUCCAACCUGGCCACAGCAAUUCGAGCAACUCAAAACACGUAUCAAGAACGCUCUCGGCGACACAGCACUUGCCAUUGCGCACGCCGGCUCAACCAGCGUGCCAGACCUACCCGCCAAGAACAUCAUCGACAUCGACCUCACUGUGAAGGAUAUUCUGGAUGAAGAUUCCUACGUGGGCCCGCUUGAGGCCGCGGGGUUCAUGUUCCUGUUCCGCGAGAGAGGGUGGCACGAGCACCGGUUCUUUGGGCUGGGUCGGGAUCCUACGCCUGUGAAUUUACAUGUUUUUGGGCCGGAUUGUCCAGAGGUGGAGAGGCAUAGGAUCUUUAGGGAGUGGUUGACGAAUAACCCGGGGGAUAGGGAGAGGUAUGCGGAGAUUAAGAGGGUGUCGGCGAGGGAGUCGAGGGAGAGGGGGGAGUCGGUGAUGGAUUAUAAUAAUAGGAAGGAGAAGGUGUUGCAGGAGAUUUUGGAUAAUGCAUUUAGGGCGUUGGGGUAUAUAGAGUGA